AUGACUUGCAUUAGUGCAGGAACGGCGCUGUUCACAAUCACGACACUCAGGAUCUUCCACACGGAGGAGGAGGAAAGGAUACCGGAUAAACUCGCUACUAUUGUCGCUGUUUUAAACUGUAAAGUGUGUAAGGACGAAGACGAUGACGAAGAUGAAAUGGAGAUAUUUGCGAUUAAAACUCCAGAACCUCUUGAUUCGAAAAAUGAACCCUUAGACAUGAUUGACCCUGGUGCUGACCCCGGCGUAGACGAAAAAGCGCCAUUACCGGACGACGAGGAGGCGGGAGAGGACGAGGAAAACGAAGAAAAGGAAAUCGUCAAAGGUAAAUACGGAGUGGAUUGGAAACUUAUCUCAGCUACACUGGACUUUUUCUUUUUCCUCGUGUUUAUUGCUGGGAAUGCCCUCAUCACGUUCUUCUUCCUCGUGCCUUUAGCAGCCACAAUGUAA